AUGAGGAAAGGGUUGCAAAGCUUGAAAGUUUGGGGAAACACGAUAAAUGACCUGCUGGUGAAGUGGCCCAUUCUGAAAGACAGUUUGUUUCCUGCUAACAUCCAAGAAUCAAUCAGUCUUCCUGAAUUGUCUCCUUAUGUUCAAUACGAAAUUGGUAAUGAUGCACUGGCUAAUGAGAUGCAAGAUUUUUUUGAAAAAUAUUUGAUCGAGUUAAACGAGAGAGAUGGUGAGUUGUGAAUCUGCUUAAUUUUAAUGGAGUACAUGCGACGUAGUUGUUUUCACUAUAUAAUUUUAGUGGUCGUUUACAUGUUCCCGGUUGGCCGGACGGGUUGCGUGAUGAUUAAGAUUUAUUGAAAUAAAUCACUAGGCUUAUAAACGAAAGUUCACACGCCGGUUAAAAGAACUCAAAUCUUCUCGAGAAGAUGUUAUAGUUUAAGGUCACAUCAUAUGAUAGAUUCCUCCUGUUUCAGAAAAAUUGCCACUGCGUGCUCAAUUUUUUAGUUACGUUCCUCAAAUUUGGUACAUGCAAUGAUACCUAACUGUAGAAGCUACAGUAACUGUUUUAACCAAAAUUCACCACCUUUUAACCUGUAGUCGCAUGAGACAUAUCUUUUGAAAAAUAUCACCUCUUGCGCCACGAGAUUUAACGGCCCCAAUGUUAAUCCACUUGUGGCCAAACCACAAAGUUUGAACUUUGCUGGCGUCAAAUACCAAGGUGUGAAAUUCACUAAAGUAUAAGUUAUUGUUCGGCUUUCUGAGGUAUAUGUCAUUGCGACAACAUUAGAAAGCUUAUAAUAUAGUAUUUACAGAGUCUCUCGAAGUUCAAGCUAUGCGCGAUGUUAGCUUCGGUGACUUUUCUACUGCGUUUGCGUUUUGGUGAGACGUCUCCUUACUAAUUGUAUUUAACCGCAAGAGGUCUGACAAUUUCAAGUUUCAAUCAUAAUUACAAGUUUCGCGCGAAGCUAUUCAGCGGUCAUAGCAUUUUCCCCUCUCGGUCGCUUUUUAACAUUUUCUUAAAAAAGUUGCUGAGAUUGAGAGAUAUAUCAUUUCUUAAUAUAAUAAUAUAUAAAAAACAUUUUGGGCCAAAUCAGAGUCUCAUCAUAUAUUGUAACCUUAAUUAAUAAGAAGAUCACUAUCGCUGUUUAAAAAACUUUUUGUUUACAAUUUGCAUACUAUGAUCUAUCACCAGAAAAAGAAUGUAGUUUUAUUGAGUCGUUCACCAUGACUUCUUUCAAAACAUCAAAAUCAUCUGGUCUCGAAUCUCGUCACGGCAAAGUGGCGUCAUUUAAACAGCCCCUUCACAACUCACAAGCCAAUAGACCUUGCCGAUUAUUCUCUUUUAGCCAAUGGCCUCGUUUCCGUGUUAACUUAUUUUAGCAUCUCAGGGGCAGAUAAAAAUUAUAUUCCCAUGUUUUCCUGGACGAAUCUGUUUUUUGCUGUUCUUAGGCUCAAUAACAAAGUAAUUUUCAACCCUACUAAGCACAAAACAUGAAUAAAUAUUUGACACGAAAACGAGGCCAUUUGGGUGAAAAGUGAAUAAACGGUAAGGCAUAUUAGUUCUAACAAUGGAUUAACCCACAUUUAAGAUAACUAUCUUUUAUAAAACCCUAGUACUAGUUCUGUAGAUGAUAGGUAUUUUAUUUCCUGGUUAUAUUUAUUUAAUAAGAUUUCAAAAUAUUUGUUUUCUGCAGAUCGUAGCAAACAAGAAAAGUUAAGUGAUCUUGUGCUCUUCUGGACAGGCUUUUCAUCUCUACCCACUGUUACAUCCGCUAAAAUUGUGGUGAGAUUGUUGCAAAAGGAUGCGAACAAGGUUUUUCCAGAAGCAGACACAUGUCCUAGGGUGUUAUUUUUACCUACCAUCCAUGAGCAAUAUCCCGCGUUCAGAAAUGCAAUGGACAAAGCGAUCGAAUACGCAAAAUAUGGUUUUGGAAAAAUAUAA